AUGGAGGCCGUUUUCCUGAAAUACAUUCUCCUUCUCAUUCUUGGCGAAACGGUCGUCUGAACAGCUAUUUAUCGCCGAGACUUUCUGGGACUUGUGGCACCCCGUGGGUGCGUAUGCAAGAGGAUGCAACACGCAUCCCUUGCGCGCUUUCUCUGGAUAUGUGGAUUUCCUCGUCGCGAUCUUUCUUUCUUCCACGUUUUCUGCUCUUCCUCAGCAAAUAAAUCAGACUGUUGUUUGCUUUUCCAUUCUUCUGGGCGCCUGAGCACCCAGGGAAGAAACUGCGGACCAAUGAGAAAAACAUGUGCGCGGCCACCCGACGCCUCUUUUUGUUGCCUCAGUGCCAUAGGGAAAAUCGAUUUGGCGGUAGGAAAUUUAAUUUUUUCGUCUGAUGCACUCGACACCGUAAAGGCGAUCUUUCUCCAGCGUUGUCCCUAGAGAGAUUCGACAACCCGUCUUUCUAGACCCGUUCUCCUCGUUUCUCUCGUGUCCUUUUCGGGGCUCAGGCUUCAUGCUAAUUUGGGGGCUACAGCCUGAGAACCGCGCGCGCUUUGGCUGGAUCAUCCGCGUUGAGUCUGUGUCAGGUUUGGACGAAGGCAGUGAACAGAAAUACGCUAGGAACUCCAGUCGCACCAUCCUGCGAAAUAUUUCGAAAAACGCUUGCCUUGAAGGGAAGGGAGAUCUUGUGCGCUGCACCUGUUCCUUGCCACACUCGCUGGAACGAGCCUCUUCCCUGUCGCUGCCAGGAAGAAGAGCCAGUGAAUGCAGCGUUGUUGAACCCUGAGGUAUUUGUACCAUUCAUGUCCUGAUGCGGUCAUUUGUCGUCAUCGAUUUGCUUCCUUUCGGUCCCUUUGUUCAAGGCUGCGCAUGCACUCGUUCCGAUGUGGCUUUUUGUUCGGAUCAAGGCCCCUUCUUGUUCGUGGCUUUUCUGCACCUUGUCGCUUUCGCAGGUGACUGAGAAACCAUCAGAAAGCGACACGACAGUCGGCGUGGUGUAAUCAGCUAUUCUCAUCCCCGCUCAGUCACGCUUUCUGCAUGUUGUCUUCCGUCACGGAGCCGGCGGCGCACUUUUCCCAGUGACCGACCGCGGGUUUCGCUGUGUGAUUUCCAUACCCUGCCAUGCUCGAUGUGCCAUCUUUCAGACUUGCUCUUCCUUUAGGCCGAGAGGCCGGGGUCUGCUUUGUUUCUCUCGUCCGGAGACUAGAGUCGAGUUUGCAAGGCACACGGUGUUUCUGUGACAUUUGACAAGCUCGUCAUCGAAAGCCCGUUUGCUUUCUCUCAGUGUUCCGCAUCGGUGCCAUUUGCUAUUUCUGCUUGCAGACUUGUCCGCCUCAGUUUCCUGUCUCGAUAUACUGUGCCGUUGCUCUGGAGAACGGCAGCCAUUGGGCUGUAUUCACGGAGCUCUAUUUGCCAGGUUGUGUUGGCUGGGGUAGCCGCAUUGUCAGUAAAACACAGCAUUUCUUCAGAGAGCAAGGGACACUGCGUGAAGUCGCGUUUCGCCGAGCAGCCUUUGUCCCGAAUUUCGUUCCUUACCUCCAUGAAGAAGCUUUCUGACAGGAACAGGGCCAUUAGAGAGCGAGCGGUCUCAACCAGCCCCGCCUCGUGCCCUGUGCCGGGUGACGGCCAUGAGAUGCUUGAGGUAACUGCACAGGGAUAACUUUGCCGCGUGUCUGGUCGUUCCAUCGUGGCCACUGUGGAGCGAAAGAAAGCGUGCUUUCUUGUGCACUGUCAAGCCACGUCUGGCUUACCGGGAGUUUUUCAGUUGUCGGCACUUGGAUUUGUUUGCCCUGCGAACCAAACAUUCCAUGUGUAAGAGCAGGGAUUUUCACGCAUUACGUGGUGACGCUGCCAAUCCAUACAUCCGUUUGAGCGGCCCCAUGUUCGUUUGUUUAAGCCUCAAGUUUAUGCUGCGCGCGUCUGCAGGUAUCCGGCCUCGCCAGCGGGACUACUUUCCCCACCGAGAGUUUUUGUAACCUCUAGAUCCAUGCCGCAUAGUGGAUGCACCUCUGCUGCAGGUUUGUUGUCACCGAAGUUUUUGUCGGAUGGAAACGCGGUAUUCCUUCGUCGUUUCGUUUAAAGCCGCGCUGUCACGUGGUUUUCCCCCGAGAAACGAUUGUCUCUUGAUCUCGUUAAUACCUUGUCAUGAAGCGCGGGCUGAUAUGUAGCAGGCACCUUUAAGGUGUAGCAGACAGCUCUGCCGCCCUAUCCCGAGGCAUGCUUUUUUCGCAACUGUUUUGUCUGGACCUUCUUUCCGUCAUGUCAUACACCCAGCGCUAUUUCCGUGGGUGAUGCAUACGCAGGUGAUGCUGGUUUCCCCCCAUUGCUCAGAGUUGCUUUGGCAUACACCUCACGAAACGACCUCUUGAGGACUUUGCUACAUCCUGCCUGCGACCUUCGUGAGUGGCAGAGUCGUGCAGUUUCAGUGUGGCACCCGGAGUCACCUCCGACACCCGCGUGGUGCCUGGAUUGUCUUUUCUCCCCGCGAUUGAAACGCCCCCACGCAUGCGCUUCUCACUCGUUUCGUAUCUCGGGCAGUGUUGCCCAGAGACGAGCCUCUUACUAAUAAGGUCUUGUUCGUUUCUCUCUAGUCAGUUCCCUCUUCUCCCUUCGUUCCUUUUUUGGCCAACUGGAGGAUAGAGCUGUCUACGACGGGAGAAGAAUUCGCGUACCAAAUGAAACAGGUAUUUCAGAGCUUGUCCCGUUCUCCACCUGUUUCCGUCUCCGACGCCUUCCCUCAUCGUUUCCUGGAGUCCUCGGUCUUCAAGUAAGCACCGUUCAACCUCUUUCCUCCACUCCCUGGACUGCGGCUUCACGCUCUCCUCUUUCACACGCCAGCAUGGAGAAGUUUUUGGCGCUUUUGGGGAAGAGACUGCCUCUUCCUCUGGCGACGCGAGUGACGAAAUAUGUCUCUUUCGAACUCGAAGGGUUCUGUUCUGCUCUAGUGCCGCCUGCGGCUCACUCGGGCGCCCACGAAGGAGACACCAUCGGCCGAAGGCCCUCGCGGGACGGCACAUCUCUUGGUGCACCUCCAGGAGUCAGCUCAGGGCCUCUCUCUACCGCGUCGUCUGAGGAAAGGAAUCUCCUUGAGCUCGUCGUGAAGGCUCCUGGAUUGCUUGCGGGAGGCGCCAGAGCCCCCGGUGCGCACGCAGGCGACCAUGGAUUCGACCCCCGGGGUUUCUACCUGUUGUGCUGGAAAGAAAAGACAUCGACGACUCCCAAAUUCAAAAUUCCUCUGGCCGACGCAAGGCUCGUUAACAAUAUCACAGAGCAGGGCCCGUGCGUAUACAUAAUUGCGAGCAAUGGCGAGUACGAGUUUCAGUGCUCGGAGCCUCGGAUCUGUAACCUAUGGCUCGACACGCUUCAGCAGCUAGGCUGUCGCCUUCUCAAGUUCACAGAUUUGUACCGCCUCACGGAUUUCAUUGGUGAAGGAAGCUUUGCGAAGGUGUACAUCGGUGUGCAUCUCUUCACUGGGGAGAAGGUCGUUGUCAAGGCCAUCAACAAAAAGAAGGUCUUGGAGAGCAACGUGUACACGGAGAUCGAGGUUCUCCGGAAAGUUUUGCACCCCUACAUCCUGCGCCUCUAUGCAGCGUACGAACAAGAGGACUACGUGUGCUUGGUGUUGGAGUACCUUCGCGGCGGCGAGUUAUUUGACUAUCUGAGCGAGAAAGGUCCCGUCACGGAGGACCAGGCCCGGCACUGCAUGCGCCGGCUACUGCUGGCGCUUCAGUGCCUCCACUCGAAGGGCGUCGUGCAUCGAGACUUGAAGACGGAGAACCUGAUUCUGGAGGCCCCCGACAACCCCACGACUCUGAAACUGAUCGACUUUGGCCUGGCCUCCACGCUUGGCAGUCCCUCGAUGCGCAUGCGCUGCGGUUCCCCGGGAUACGUCGCGCCGGAAAUUCUCCAAGACCUUCCCUACGGCACCAAAGUGGACGUUUUCAGCGCCGGCAUUAUUCUCUACACGCUGAUUGCGGGUUUCACACCUUUCCGAGGUUCCAACGUGAAGGAAAUCUUGAAGAAAAACUUGAGGUGUCAGCUGAAUUUCACACACCAUCGGUGGACAAACGUGACCCACUCUCUCAAGGACUUGGUGGCUUGGAUGUGUUGCCGGAAUCCCGAGAAACGCUGCGCCGCUUCUGCGGCCCUCACGCACCCCUGGUUCCAUAGGGUUCAGAAACCUCUGCCUCCGCCCCUCUCGUCGGCUUCUGCUUCUUCUCCUUUCUACCCCCAGUCAAGCGAUUCGUCUCGUGUAAACAGCGCGCUGCCUAGCGAGCGAGGCUCCGUCUCCACCGGCCCGGAGAGCACAAUCCAAAGCCACAGGACGAAGGAAGGCGACCUGAACGUGGCGAGAAGAAAGAGCGGGCGCGAGGUCGGAAGCCAAGAUGAAAGCCAGGUGGAUCCGGCCCCGUCUCUUGCUGUUUCGUCGUGGAGAGAUCGAGGCCUCCAGCCGCCAUCGGCGCCACUGCACGAAAAGAGAACAGAUGGAGAGACAGCGCCGCCGCUCUCUUCGCGGGGAGACUCUGACCCCAGCGCUGCGACUCAGUUGUCGCUCUAUGAGAGGCACCCCUCCGGCGGUCACCGGGCCUUCUCGGGUAGCCAAGUGAGAGCCGGGAGGCCUCCAGGCUCCGUAACCCCAGGCGCACGCGAGGGACAAGGACUGCCUUCGUUGGCGCCUCCGCAGUUGGUCGAGGAGUGCAAGGGGAACGGCGACUUGAGAACAGGAGACUCAUUUGUCGGAAAAGACGAGGCACCGCUGACAAGGCCGCAACGGAGGGGCGGGGCCGCGUUUGCCUCGGGUGUCGAGGCAAAAGGAACCCACAAAAGUCAGCGAGGAAAUGCGUUGUGCUCCUCCCUUGAACAGCUUCCGUCGUCAGUCGAAAAUCAGCCGACAGUCCGAGAUUCCUGCCAAGGGAGGCCCUCGCCUCGUCGCACUGUGGACCAAGGGGGGAGUCUUCGAAAUGGAGAAGUCUCGACACAUGCAGGAGACAUGUCGUUUAGAGAGUCUGUUGCGAGAGCCCCGCCCAUUCGACCGGAUGUCGCCCAACUGGCUCCUUCACAGAGCAAUCACACUGAGAGACCACCGGCGUCUUCGCCUCACGCUGACUUCCCUCAUGUUUCUUCCCCUCUACGCAGUGCUUCCACGGGUCGUCCAGACCCGUGUGUUUCUCGUCGGUCCUCUUUUGCCUCUUGUUCUGAAUCUGUACCCUCCUCCUCUUCGUCGUCAUCUUCGCCCGCGUCGCCUCUGUCUGCAGCAGCUUCUUCGUCAACUUCUGCUUCAGCCGGUGGGUAUUCUUCUCACAAGGAGGCGCCCUUACGACGCGAUGACGAGGACGCGCUUCCAACCAAAAUCAAAAUCCCUGUCUCUACACCCCGGGACGAGGCCUCAGAGAAUACAAGAAGAACACCAGACAACCGUUCCACUUCGUCACGUGUAGAGGCCGACAAUUUGUCACCUGCCUCGGCUCCUGACCCGGCCCUGUCUCAAGGAGUCGGUGACCCUCAGGAAGGAGGCGAAGAGCGAACGUGCAACGAGGACUCGCGAGAUCAAGGAGAGACCUCAACGUUCUUCUCGUAUCGUUCGUUCGAAUCAAGCGAGCACCAAAGCGGACUGAACGGCGAUGAAACCGACAGGAAGCUUCCGCCCUCGGCCACAUCCCCUUUCUCAACCUCAUUGCAGGCGCCGCAUCCAGAGCGUGAACAGCCUGCUGAAUUUAGAGUGGAGAAAGGAGAUAUGCCUGAAGGCGUGGAAAAAGGAGGAAAGCAAGGAGUCUGGAAGCGGAAAUCUCACUCACCUUGCGCCUCCUCUACAACAGCGGGUAUUUCCCUCGCAGCACUGCCCCUGACACCUGCACUGGCCCCCGGUCUUGACUUUACUUCCCAACGGUUCUCUCAGCUCUGGGAGACCCGCAACGAGGCGGCAGAGAAAACCACAGAUUUGGAGAGAGAGGAAGGUAGAACAGAGACGAAAAACGCCGAACCGAAAGCAGAUGUGCCUCCCGAAGGAGCGGCCAUUAGCGGAAACGUUCAAGGUGUGGACGGUCGAGAAGGUCCAGAAGAAGCAGAGGUGAAGCUCGGGAGUUUCUCUGGUGGUUCGCGAACACGCGGCGAGGGCGAACGAAGAGGAGGAACAUACCAGAGGGACGAUACUGUUGAAGGGGAAAGCGAGGACCAAGUGCCGGCUUCCUCUUACCAGAGACGCCCUGAAGAAAGAGACAGACAUCAUGCCUCGACGUUUGCGGCCAUCACGGAGCCACAGAGAGGCGAACAGUAUGAGAGUGCCGUUUCGGGUGAAGGAGACGUUGGAAUAACGGAAGGUCAGAACGAGGGACGUGGGGACAACAGCGCCGAUCAAGGUGCAGUUGCUGUCUCCUUUGCCCUUGACACUUCUUCUUGUUCCCCCGGUUCACAGUACGCUCCCUCUGUUCCUGCACCCCUCCUAGAGCGGCAAGAUGUCGAAGCGUCUUUCCGAUGUGAUGUCCCCAGUUCACUGCCCCUGUCGGCUUCAGGGCGCGCGCCUUGUGAGCCGCAUGCAGGCAAAAUCAAUACAGGGGGAGACCCCGUCUCCAACGCAUCCGCUGGCAUAUUAUCGGGGUCUCUACCCCUGUUUGCUCUUCCAGCUAGCCCUCAGCAUGUGAAAACAGAAGAAGUCAACGGCCUCGCAGUUCAUUCUGACCAUCUCGAUUUCUUCUAUUCCUCCGUGGUUUUGAAUUCAACCGCAGAGAACUCACCCGCGGGCGCGAGAGGUGGUGGCAUCGCCACGGAGAGCAACGGCGACACUGAGGGCUUCGCCGGGGCAUACGACAACACUCAGGGCCUUGCGCCCGAUCUCGGCGUGAAGCAUGGCGAAUCCGAGACAUGGCGAGCCCUGUGUCAGCAAGUGGACAUCUUCCGACCUCUUGCCUCCGCAGGGUCGGAGUGUCAGAUGCACGACAGCUGUGCUUUUGAGCAUCUUCCUUCGUUGCCCCCGAACACGCUUCUGCGCUCCUUUUUCAUGCCGCAUGCAGAGGCGAGUUUGAACAGAAGCUCCACGUCAUUCGACCACACUUCGAUGAAUCCGGACUUGUUUCUGCCGUACCGAAAAGGCGAAAGCGUUGACUUCAACGCCCAGCGAUACCCCGCGUUCGUCACCGAGGGAGACGCAGAAGGAAGAGAAGAGCGCUUCUACCAGCUUCUGCGGCAGCAUCUGGGCAUGUGCCGACAGAGUGGGCCUGGCCUUGGAGGCGGCGAUGGGAGAAAGGGGGAGCCCCGAGAUGAGCUGUCGCCGCUGUCUGUGCCCCUCGACAACAGACCUUUUUUGCAGUUUCUGCGAACUCCACAUGGCGCUGCUCGCUUCCAGAGCUUUCUGCUCGAACGGAAUCAAAUCGACUGCUCGGACCCUGACAGGAAGCCCCUUGCUUCUUCACCACUUCCCCUUUCGUCAUUUAGCGUUCACGACACGCCCAUGAAUCCUUUCUCCGGCGCAGACGCGACCAGUGGAGGCAGCGCGACUCGAGAGGCCAGUCGAGUUGCUGGGCCCUGCGAGGGCGAAGAGCCACGGAUACACGAGAGUCCGACGCAAGAGUGUAACAUACGGAUAGGCGGUGGGCUGAACUUUUUGUGUUCAGCUUCCCAGGGGAUGCCAAUGCAUGCGUUGUCUUCGCCGCCGUUCCAGGUGGUUCCGCCCCUCCAGCCAACGGUAGCGAGUGCGGGAGCUGAGGGCCUCCAGCAAGAUUGCCAAGACAUUGAGGCCACCGAGGCUGGAGCCCCGAGACGCGACAUAGGUAGUCAAGAGGUCGCAAAGCAGUCCAGAACUGGCGUGGUGCUGAAGAGUCCUCACCAUGGAGAGGACGGGACAAAGACAUCUCAGCUCGGAGUGGCCUUCGGCAGCCUCGGCCCGAUAAGUGUGGAGACAGGUUGCUCCCCGUCGGGUGAACGCGACGAGACUGGGCCUGGAGACUCGGCGACGGGGCCUUUAGAAGGCCCGCAGGCGGAUCCAGAAGACAGUUCCAAGUUUGGGGACCACCGAGACAAAGAUGCUUUUGAUCUCGGAGGGAACGAUUCGGUCAAGAGUGAUGACGGAGCGCUCUCGUCUGAAGCACGCGAGAAAGCCGAGAUGGCCUCUGUUGUAGGCGACUCAUCGUUCCUCGCUGCAUGCGCGACUGGCCGUAUCAAGGAUUCGCGAAAACCGAAGCGGAGUGCCCACGGAUGCGUCCCAGGGCAGGAGGCGCCGGACGCUCCGGAUGCGUACGUUCGAAGCCGAGCGCCCGGGAGUGAAGCAGGCAUGCAAGGGAAAGAAGGCAGUGCAACAGAAGCCGAGACAGGACGUCGAAACCCUCCUCUCAGGCACAGCCCCCCACUGCCGCCUUUGUCGCCCCAUGCGCAUUUGGACAGGACCGUCUCUGAAGGUCGCACAGGACGUUCGUGGUUGUGGCGAAGGCUUGCCAGUGAGACUUCAGGUCCAGCGCAACGUAAUACGAUGGGACAAGCGUUACCGAUCGGCGCCGGGAGUUCGCCUUCCCAGCCUCCCAGCAGCUCUGGAUCUGGAUUGGCUUCUAAUUUAGCGAGAAUUCCCGCAGAGAAAACAGAGCAGAUAUCCACAGGUAAAGAUGUCGCACCGCCUCUCGCACACGGUGAGUCUCCGAGUCUCCAAGGCUCGUCCAAUUCUGCAGCGUCUUUGUCUCUGACAGCGCCAGCCGUCUCACUCUCGGGCGCGAAACAAAGUGACCACGGAGAAGGCAGAGCCGAGCCCAACGAGCAAAGAAGAGCACAUGAAUCUGGAGGGACAGAAACCAGUGAACUCCAUUAUGGCUUCCCUAAUGAAGGCGACAGGGACGGAGAUUCAAUUGCGGGGCCUGGAGAGCAGAUCCGCGUGAGGAGUCAGGCUACAUUCACGACAGGUACCGCCGUGGGUGAGAGUGAGGCCAGCCUGGGAGGAGGCCGGACCCAAGGUAAUGGGGACUCAGGUAACCUUCUCGAGACGGCAACCCAGAGUACGAACGCUGCGUCUGGAUCGCAAAAAUCAAUCAAAUUCAGUUGGAAGGACGCUGUGUCGGCCAAGUGCCGCGACGAAGAAGACAACGCGGUGAUCGAUUUGACUUACGUCCCUUCUACGCGCGGCUCUCGAGGCGGCUCGGUCAGCCGGCAUCUCAGACAAGAGGCGAACAGCGCCCGGAGUGUCUCCGUUGGCGUCGGAGACAAACGGCGAAACGGAGACGUGGACAAGGUGGAGGCAAGGACACCGACCGAAGAAUCCCAGGUGGCGUUGAAGAGUCUCGUAUCUGGAGGAAAGGAGAGAGCUCCGAUGGUGGAACGGUUGGCUGGCAAAAGGCUGGCCACUGAGAACGGAGCGACACAAAACACAUUAGCGUCGAUGGCAGGCGAAGGCCAGCGAGAGGGUCCGUCGCUUCGAGGCAGGAAGACAGACGUAUCAGUUGCCUCCCACCCAUCCUUUCCGGCUCCUCAAGGGCCGACGCACAGUCUCUUCAGGCCUUCGUUUUUGCAGUGGCAUCAACGUCACCUGGUGGCCUCAGCGAUGUCGCCUUCACUGGCGAAACGGGCGCCUCGCUCAGGGUCGGCAUCGGGGGAGAUGGUCUGUGAGGCGUCGAGUGAGACUCCCAAGGCGGGAGGAGAUCGAGAGCUUCUGAGCCAAGCGUCGCAGGAACGCAGCAACAAGCGCGAAGAGCCUGAAUCCUUGAAAGAGGGACGAGCUGAGAGUGCCUUGGCCUUUGCUACCUGUUUAACAGGUGGGAGGAAAUCGCGAGAAAGCAAGGAAAGUCUGAGCAGGCAGUGGCGCCGCGACUGGCGGGGAACGAGCAGCCGCCACGGCUCCUCUCACUGUGGGUCGGUUGCAGGUUCCGCGUGUUCUCACCGUUCUGCAAAGGACGAACGAGAACAUGCAGGAGGCAACAGGAGAGCCAGUUUUUUGGACACAGACGAUCGCAGAUGUUCCUGCUUCUCCAGCCAAAGGUCGAGUGUCUCCUCCGCUACAAUCCUCUCUCCGCGACGCAAGCGAAGCACGGCGGCCUCCCUUUGGGCCAGUCUAACAGGGAGCUCGAGCACGGUGAGCCACACGACCGAGGGAGACGUAGCAGCAGCCCGGUCUCGAUCUGCGGGGCGAACAAGGUCGUACGCCUUCAGGUGGAGGUUCUCCUUUGUGGCUACUUGGUCUUCAUCGCGGGUCCAAGGCAGUCACUAUGGGGGGAGCGACGCCUCGAGUGCAUCUCUGGCGGACCUGCCGCCUCUGCCGUCUGCCGCUGGCGCAUCUGCGGCCUUCGCGAUCUCCGGACACGGCGAAAACGAUGCGCACGCGGCACUUGGGCUCUCGCACGAAGGCGCGAAAGAGCGAAAGAAACAGGGGUUGAGAAGAAGAAGUGAGAAGACCCGUCGUCACAGGGGAUUCCUCGAUAUGAUGCGAGGGAGCAGAGCAACGAAAAAAGAGAAAAUCAGAGGCAAGCAUAGGCGAGAAGAAGCGACAGGACCUCGCGUUGCUUCUGACCAGGGCGUGGUGGCUGCCUCCGGGUGUGAAGCACGUCAAAUCGACUCACUUCCUGGUCAGCUCGCGGAGAAACUGGAAGCUGAGGGUGAUCUUCCGAUUCUCGACGAACACAGAGAGAGAAGUCGAACGGAAGAGACACAGCGCUCCGAGGCUCAGGCAGUGAGAAAGAUCUCGAGUUCCUCUUGCUCCAACAGCAACUCAGGCAAUGCAGCGGAAGUCCCAGCUCGAGGUGCGUCGAUGCUAUCAACUGGAGACAGAAGCGUGACCUGCGCGAGUUCGGUGCAGGCGCUAUCCGGCGACAGACACCGCAGCAACGAUUUGGCGUCCUGCCUUUCGGGGGUCCACGACGAUCGAGCUUCUUCCGUUUCUCGCGCUUCACGUCAGCAGACCAGCGGGGGACCGUCAGAGGCUGGGGCGUGGAUGGGGGCGCGAGGCAACUCCUCGGAGCCUUACAAGGAGAGCCCAGAUAGCAGUCGGCGGGCGUCGAUCGCCACGGCGUAUUCACAUGCAGAGAACUCAGCGUCUAGAAGCACGGACAAGACCACCAAGAGCCGAGACUUGCCGCGACGCCAUUCGGUCGUCCACACCGAUGCGGAUUCCACGGAAACGCAUAACACAGCCCAUGCAAACAAUUUCCAUGGCCGGCUAGGCGACUUGCUUUCUUCUUCCUCGAUUUUCGCCAGACUCGCGUCGGCUGUGGGCGCACGCGAAUGGAUCACCGGCAAGCGGCGACCGCAGGAAGGCGAGGAAGCUGACGACGGGGCAGGCGUUGUGAAGGCAGCGAGAGAAGCACGGAAGAGAAGUUCCAGGAAAGACGGCGUGAAAGAUCGAGAGAAGGGCGCAAAGCGCAGGAGUGGAAAGCGCGACAGUGUCAAGCGUGAGAGUGAACAGCAAGACAGCUACAGGCAGAGGGGCGGGUCUCUCGGCUCCGAUGUGACCUCGCUUCGACGUAGAGGCAGCACUGCAAGUGAGAACACCUGCGACGAAGAUAGAAGCUCGCUGGCGGAGACAAACGGAGAAUGUAGGAAGGAACCGACUUUGUGGGAAGACUGGUAUGACGGCGAGGCCUUCUUCCAAGAUGCUCACGACGCGUGGGGACCCGAGGAAGAACCGGACGCUCUCGUGCGAGGGGCGACAGGAAGCAGGCAGGAGGUUCAGCUCGUCAAAGACUCCGCCAAGGCAUGCGCUGCAGAAAACGUUGCGUCUCCGCCGGUUUCGGCGAAGCCAAGGCUCGUGAGCCUCGAUGGCAAAAAUGCACCUGUGCGCCGUCAAAGUACGGCGACGACCGUGGACGGUUUCUCGUCUUCUUCGUGUUCGAGCGACUUCACAUACGUGGAAGGCCUCGAAUAUGCGCGCCGCGAAAGAGGCUCGUUCUUCCUCUGGUCCUCAUGUGUCUCGUCCUCGUUCUCGUACGCAAACCAGGAGUCUGGAGGGCAUCGCCGCCAGUCCACGAUGGAGACACCAGGAGGGCUACCGAACGAGAAGACACUCCGCAUUUCGGCGUCGCCGGAAGCUGCGGUCGCAGACGAGGUUCUGGUGAGGAAGCGAAAGGGAGAAGAAACGGUGCAACCGAGUCGAGGAAGAAGGCUGGCUAGUGUCGUGAACCACCCGGAACGGGAGGUCGAAGUGCGUCGGAGUGACGCGCCUUGGCUCGUCCAGGAGAAACUCCACGGCACUUCGUUUCAUUCGUUUUUUGAUGACUCAGAUGAAAUUAAGAGAGAAACACAUGCGAAUGCUCGGCCAAGGAAUAGGAAGCGACGCACUGGCAGCCCCCCCACGGUGGCGUCCUGCCGCCACAGCGGGGAAGGAUCCGAGAGACUGAGGUCGAGCGCCCGGGUUGCGGAGGCACCGCAGUGGAAAGACAGUAGAGGCAAAAGCAUGCGCGAACGAACGAGAUGUAGGCGAUAUAACGUUCUGCAUGCAGAGGACGAACAUAGUAAAUUAUGAGAGGCGAGAGGGACGAUGAUCCCCCGCUUGUACCGCUCCGGGCCGUGCAGGAGUGAAGCGAAGGUCGUACAGCCGGGUGUGGAAGGGGGGAGUUUGUUCUUGCGUUCUUGACGCAGCGUGUCAUGAAUCGGUCACAAUUGUUUGCGCAUUUCUGCCAGGGGAAAGAGGACGCGAGGAUGUUCUCCCUUUUCUGUCUUCGAAAGAGCCGCUGGGAAACCCCGCCGUUGUGCGAAACGCGUCUUUGGAAAAACUAAUGCAGCUUACAUGUACCGCGUCUGCCCUUGUCUCAACUUGUUUCGUCUCACCUGUGUUUUUUGGGUCGAGACGACGACGCAAGCACCACUGAUGUCUCGAAUCCUGAGGAAUACGCCUCGUUUGUCUCUUUAAACACUCUCCCUGUUUCGUUUUUCUGCCACAGCGACCAAUCUCUUGCCCCCCUGUAUU